AUGAUCAACCUCUUUGGCUCCGCCGCCAAGAGUGUUCAGACAUGGGCCAGUCGAUCUCGAAGACCCUCAACCUCUUCGACUCCAGUCGAACAACCUCUUCCUCCCCAGCAGCUACCGCCACUUCCACCACUUCCUCCAAGACGACGCAAUCCUUCUCCAGUGAUAGUAGAGGAUGCGUCCGAUGAGGAACUGUCGGCCUACAACAAUGAGGACAUGCCAUCGCUUAGCCCUAGGGCGCCAUACAACAGCAGCAGCGAUGAAUCCACCACCACCACCACCCACAAUGAUCCCUCGAUCACCGACCCACUCCAACAGGUGACACCUCCUCGACGACGUGUCACCCAAUCGCCAAUCUUUCGGACCAAUGACCCAUCGUUAUUACCCGGCUUCGAGCCACCAACACCACGCUCCCACAUCAGUUCUGGUGUGCCAUCGGCAAUCCGUGCCCAGGUUCACGACGUUAUGGCUGUUCUUGACAGCAACACGUCCUCCCUCCAGCGCAGCCAUGAUUCCACACCUCUUGUGGCUCCCUGGCAUAGCCAGCCGUCGGCUAGUUCCUCCCUUAGUGGAUCUUACCAGACCGGUGUUGAAGGCUCGGCCACUGGCCCAUCCCUUCUCUUCUCACGAGGCAGCACCCCGAGCCGCCAGCCAUCUUCCUCUCGGCGACCCGUCUUUGGCGAUGGCUUUGAUGACGUCCCUAUUAUCCCUGACUGUGCUCUUGCUGGACCCACUGGACCCAUUGCGAUCAUUCAUGGGAUCCCACCAUGUGGGUACAGUAGUCAAUUUCUCACGACUAUUGUUGGCAAGCGAGAGCUUUAUGGGGGGGUAAAUCGAACAACAAACCCCGUCGAUUGCAACAAUGACUCGUAUCUGCUCCGCCUCAAGACCAAGAAGUUACUGGUUCGACUCGGCUCUACCGGUCACAUCUACCAAGUCUUCCCCCUUCGAGUACUUGGUCACGAUAGUGUCGACCAAUGCAGGACAUGGCAGUUGACUUCGCGAUGGCACCCAUACCUGCGAGGAUACUAUGAUCGCCAAGAUAGAAGCAUGGCAACCUCUGGCAAAACGUACUACGUGGUAGACGGAUGGUUCGAUGGAUUACCGUGCCAGCGAAUCGUACAGUCCUUUGCGGAAGGAUGGGCCAUGCAGGCAGAUGUUCUUAACAAUGGAGUUAGCGACGCACCGACAGGCUUCAAGGAACUCAACUCUGCCAAGGAAUACCUGCAAAUGAUUCAAACAGAGCGUCCCGUGGAUCCGCGACAACGCAUUCCACCCAAGUGGGUGAUUAAUGCCAGCCUACUCGGCGUUGACGACCCUCAUUAUGCUUGUGGAACCCACUUUGGACACUCUACAGCUGAGCGACCUGAUGCCUCAGUCGGAACGGAUGUACCAGUGCCCACGCCAAUCAGUGAAAGACCUACUCCAUCGGCCCCACCAGAACCGGCGAGGAACCCCUUUAGUACACCCAGAGCGUCGGAACCUUUUCCAGAUCACGUGAUAACGGGUUCCGUGACCAGCUUGGAUAGCCUGUGGAUGAGUCACAUCGAGUCGCAACACCACCUCAAGGAUGCCCUUGGUGCGAUAGUUCAAGGCAAUCGAUUCACACAUGAUGAUCGUCUGCGUGCAUCCACGGAAUUACCACAGUUACCAGUGGCACCUAAUGCUACCGCAAUCUACCAGUGGAAGUGUGGUGUAGAGAACGCUCUCACUGGAGACCAUUGGGAAGCAGACGACAUCGAAAUCUGGGAAUACUCCACUACCACCACAAGCAACAAGGACAUUUCCAAGGUCAUGGCCAGACUCCUCGUCAAGGCUACCAAACAGAACAGGACCAUCACGGACCUACUACAGCGGGAACACUCUCUCAAACGACGUGGGCCAGAACUGCUCCAGGCUGUUCUCGACACAUUCCUUCCUGUCACUAGUGACCGUGUGGACGACCGCUUUGCCGACGUCAGCACCCUCGUCCAAGAGCAACGUGAAUACUGCGUCUCCUUCCUCCUUCGCCUUCGCUUCUUCAAUCGCCAAUAUGGCGCUGCUAGCGGUGCGAUCCUUCCAGAGACAGUCCUUCGUGGCUGGUUUGUGGCCGGAACAGUUCGCCACGGUCCGUACCGGUCCAUCUUGUCCAAGUGUUACGCCCGGCUCAUCCGUCCAGGCGGUAAGCUUGCCGGCACCCCUACAUUGGACUGUACCAUCGACCAGCUUGCCGAACACUUCGACAACAUCCUCACUGGUGCUGAAAACAGCAAAUAUUACUGCGACAGCAAACUCCUCACUGGUGAAUCGCCCAUUCGCGCAUACACCACGGCAUCCCGUGGGAAGGCCCACCAGGCGAGCUCUGUUCGCGCAGGUUCUCCAGGGGAACCUAGGGGGGUAGCCUUUCAAACUUCUCGCCGUGAUCCCAUGGCAUUGUUAAUGCCCUAA